AAGUAGGUGGCGCGGGGGUGCGAGGGGACCGUGGCAGUCUCCGUCUCGUCUCCCGAAGCACGCGCUCCCAGGAACCGGCACCACCCGCGACGCCGGAGGCGCUGCCGCCUCUGCUGAGAUGGGUUGCGGACUGAACAAGUUAGAGAAGCGCAGCGAGAAGCGGCCCGGGAAUAUCUACUCGACUUUGAAGCGGCCGCAGGUGGAGACCAAGGUGGACGUGGCCUAUGAGUACCGCUUCCUGGACUUCACGACACUCAGCACCGCGGAGCUCCCACGAUCCUCGGCGGUGAGGCUGUCCUCCCUGCGAGACCUGCCCGCCCAGCUCCUGGAGCUGUACCAGCAGGGCUUCUCGCUGGCAGCCCUGCACCCCUUCGUGCAGCCCACUCACGAGUGGGAGAAGACGCCCCUCCAGCACAUCUUCAGGGCCAUCCUGAUCAAGAAGACGGACAGAUCUCAGAAGACCGACGUUCCCAAUGAUGGCUACGUGCUGGAGUUAGAUUGCUGCUCCUCCUUAGACCACCUGACGGACCAGAAGAUCAUCCCAGAGUUCAUUAAGAAGGUCCAGGAGGCUGCAAGUCAGGGCCUGAAGUUCGUGGGCGUCAUCCCGCAGUACCACAGCCCCCCGGGCUCUCCUGCCAGCUGCGAGGCAGAUGCCAGAGGGGGGCGAGGCACACAGGAGGGCCCCCGGUCCUUGGAGAACGAGGACCUGGGAGCCCCGGACACGUGUGACGCUCCUGCAGAAAGACACCAAAGCCCAGGGCCUGGAGGAGAGGCACCUGUGGCCGAACAACCCAGCCUACCCUCAGGAGAGGGAGACGGUGGAGAAUUCUCACCCGGGAGAGGGAGCACGACGUUGGAUGUGCCGGAUGGCACCCCGGCAGCUGUGCGGGGACAGCCGCUCCCCGGGAAAAUGGAGAUCUUGGCUCUUUUCAACAAACCGAAGAGCCAUCAGAAAUACCGGCAAUACUACCCCGUCACCAUCCCCCUCCGGAUCUCCAAGAACGGCCAGACGGUGAGCGGUCUGGAUGCCAACUGGUUGGAGCACAUGAGUGACCACUUCCGGAAAGGAGGCAUGCUGGUGAACGCGGUCUUCUACCUUGGAAUGGUGAACGAUUCCUUACAUGGUCUGACAGAUGGAGUAUUCAUCUUCGAAGCUAUUUCCACGGAAGAUGAGAAAACCAUACAGGGCUAUGACGCUAUUGUUGUCGAACAAUGGACGGUCCUGGACGGUGCCGAGGUGCGGACUGACUACGUGCCCCUGCUGAGCUCGCUGGCGGCCUACGGCUGGCAGCUGACCUGCGUGCUGCCGACUCCCGUGGUCAGAACUACCAGCCCGUGUGUUUCAGGGACGGGAGCGUGUCCACCAAGCAGGUUGUCUUUCUCCAGAGACCGUGUCUACCUCAGAAAUCCAAGAAGAAGGACUCCAAGUUCCAGUGGCGGUUCUCCCGGGAGGAGGUGCGCAGCCGGCGCGCGAGGAAGUCCAAGGGCCAGCUGGGCGCCCGGGACGCGCGGGCCGAGGACGCGGACAAGAGCGCCGAGGAGCCCAGCAGAGCCGUGGGCAGCGGGGAGCUGGGGGCGCUGCAGGGAGACAGCGGCUCCGAGGUGCGGGGCCCUGACCCGGAGGGCGAGCAGGAGGCAGGUGCUGUGCAGAAUGGGCCCGCCGGCCACAGCAGGGCCCCGGGGGGCUGCGCCAGGCACCCCGACCCUGCAGAGGAUGCCGCAGAGGGGGGCGACGAGGAGCCCAGCACGGCGGGAAACUGAGGCCCAGGCGCGGGCACCAAAGCUGGAGUUGGCAGACUCGGUGUCUGGCGACCGCUGGUUUAGACUGGUUUGCCCCAGUCACCUGUUACCCCUUGGCUUCGCUUGGCCUCUUCUGUGACCUGUGACCUCCCGGCCCUCCAGGACCGGUCCCUGACGGUUGGUUUCUGCACAUCCUUUUGAAAGGCGUCCUAACGACCCUGUAGAAUGUAAGGACCAGGCGGCUCCUCUUAGACCAGGCUGGGGGCCCAGGCCUGGCCGCGCCGCCCCUCCAUGGCCGGUCUGGACUGCUCGGUGCCUGCACCUGCCCCUGCCCCUGCCCCGCAGCCCUGGGGACAUGGGGGAAUCUUUGGACACACCUGGUGACCACCAGGGCCUGGCCCACUCCCACACCCUGCAGGCCAGUGCCCCUCGGCUGCAGUGUGCGGCUACUGAGUGGCUCCUACCAGCUCCAGAGCCCUGCCAGCUGCCGUCUGCUCCCCUAAACCCUCAGACUGUUGCUUUGGCAAAGAGAUGGCGCUGGGAGGGAGGUGCCCACCUCCAGCUCUUCUCACAGAAGUCCUGUAGAUCCUGCGGUCGACAUGAGAGCGGACCCUCUGCACCUGCUCCAGCAGAUGUUCGAGGAAGUACCCUGUGUUAGUGCGAACGCCAAAAAUGUCACAGGUUGCGUAUUCACCCCGUGAACCCAGAUCCUGCCGGUUCAGGGCACCCAGAGUGGCUGGGUGUCCUCGUCGUGUGCUGUUCUCGUCCAUCGGUGUUCUCACUGGCCACGUGGCCGCCCACGGAUGCCGUGGCCGCCGUGUGUUUCUGCUGUCUGGAAAGUAUCGUUGAGGCUUUAAGUAGAGGCAAGUGGCGAACCUUGGAGAGAGGAUGCCGACUGCCUUCACCCAGCGUCAGCCCGUCUCCUUGCUUGUCUGGUUACUUAAAGCAAUAAAUCACCUAUGAGUUGAGUGCA